GCCAGAAAGAGUCCUUACAAAAUGCGUGUCCCUCAGUCAAAGAAAUACAAUUUCCGCCCUGCGUCCGAUGCCGUCCUGAAAACAUCCCAGAUGACCCAUCGUAACAUCUCCAAUGGACUGUACAGGAUCUCACUAUCUGAGUUGUGACUGACGGUCAAACUCUGCGGCGUUUCCGAGUCGCUCCUGUGCAUCCCAUCCACAUCGCCGGGACAGGUCGUUGUGUCACAACAGGGCUCCUCCGCCGCGGACCAUGGAUGUAAACUUCUCAUUUGGCCGUGCCUUGUCACUGGCCCUCUUAGCACUUUUAUUGACUUCUUCAGCUGCUAUUCUAAAGCCUUACGAUCUAUUAUAUGAAAAUGCCGUCCGGUCAUUUACAGAAGGUGAUUAUACGAACGCGGUGCGGUACAUGGAAGGAGCGCUCAGCAGUUACGCAGAAGUUACUAGCGCUCAAGUACGAUGUCGGCUAAGGUGCCAGGACCAGCAUCCAUUCGAUGCUCCAUUCCGGGAGUUGCAAUUCUUUGAAGUCGUCCUUCACAGGUCCGCGUGUAUCAACACGUGUAUCGAAGAGAAGAUUGGAACCCAAUCUAUGCAUAAAGUAAGCGAAGAUGUCAUUCAGGAUUUCAACAGGCGCAUCCCUUACAACUAUCUUCAACUCGCUUAUCAGAAGUUGAAGCAGCCGGAGGAUGCAGCUGCAGCGGCCCACACCUACUUCCAGGCCAACCCGGAGCAUGUGGAGAUGGGUCAGAACCUGGAGCAGUACAAGAACCAGGAGGGCAUGCUGGAGGAGCACUUUGUGGACCGAGAAGCCAGGCCCCACCAGCGUUCCUUCUCCGCCGGGGUGCGGCUCUACGAUGACGGCGACUACGAGGGAGCCAUCGUGAUGUUCGAGAAGGCCCUGGUUGAGUACUACAGAGCAGAUGUGAAGUGCCGGGCCCUCUGCCAGGGGCCACAAAGGUUCGAGGGCCACGACCACCUCCUGUACCGCUACAGCCUCCAUGAGCUCAUAUCAGACCACUUCACACAGACGCUGCACUGCGACCACGAGUGUGUGAGGGACCUGGCCACCCGGCCCGGACGCCUCUCUCCCAUGGAGAACUACCUGCCCCUGCACUACGACUACCUGCAGUUUGCCUACUUCCACGUGGACAUGCUGGAGGAGGCCCUGCAAUGUGCCCACACCUACCUGAUGUUCCACCAGGGGGAGGAGUUCAUGACCGACAACGUCAAGUACUACCAGGAGGUGCUGGGAACCCUCGGCAGGCCCCGGGAGAAAGCCGCGUGGUACCUGAGACGCCACAGACAGGAGGUGGAGCUGCUUCUGAUCGGCAGUGACAUCAUGGGCAGGCAAUUCACAGAAGGGCAAUACUGGAGCAGCACAGGAGGAAGAGAAGAUUCAAACAGGAUACCCUCUGGUACAGACGGCUGGAUGGAUUACGUUCCCAUCUCCGAGAAAAAGAACAGCACAGAGUCUCAGCCACAGCCAAUCAGAGAAGGUGGUCCCUUGGUGUAUGACAGCGUGCAGCUGGUGCAGAACUCAGUGGCCCUGAAUGGAACCCAGAGAGUGCUGCUGGAUGACGUCAUCAGCGUGGAGGAGUGCUCUGACCUCAAGCAACUCGCUCAAGCUGUAACCAUGGCAGGGGACGGCUACAGGGGGAAGAUGUCUCCUCACACUCCUAAUGAGAGAUUUGAAGGCGCCACCGUCCUCAAAACCCUGCUGUACGGCUUCGAGGGCAGAGUGCCUCUCAAGAGCGCUCGUCUGUUCUACGACGUCAGCGAGAGAGCCAGACGCAUCAUCCAGUCCUACUUCCUGCUCAACUCCACCCUGCACUUCUCCUACACACACCUGGUGUGUAGGACAGCCAUCACAGGCCAACAGGACCACAGGAAUGACCUGAGCCACCCUAUCCACGCCGAUAACUGCCUGCUGGAUCCCGAGGCCAAUGAGUGCUGGAAGGAACCACCGGCCUACACUUACAGAGACUACAGUGCACUGCUGUACCUCAAUGGAGACUUUGAGGGCGGAGAAUUCAUUUUCACUGAAAUGGAUGCCAAAACUGUCACGGCGUCUGUGAAGCCAAAGUGUGGCCGAAUGGUGGGCUUCUCGUCGGGAGGGGAGAACCCGCAUGGUGUGAAGGCCGUCACUAGGGGGCAGCGGUGCGCAGUGGCGCUCUGGUUCACGCUGGAUCCGCUCUUCAGAGAACUGGAGCGGUUGCAAGCCGAUGAGGUGGUUCAGGACUUGGACAGCAAGUCUGCAGGGCAUCAGGGCCUUAACAUUAACCCGAAAGAUGAACUGUAACCACAGACCACCCACCCUCCACCUCCACCUCUACCACCACCACCCCUACUUCACACUCUCCAAUCUGUUUGAAUUUAUUUAUUUGAUACCUUUUUCUGGAUCGGAACAAUUUCUAUUUUUGUACUGUGUGAAGUGCGAGGUGAAUUAAUAUUAUUAUUGUUGUUUUUGUCGUGCGUCAAUGGCUGUUGUUUACCUCGACUCCAUCUAGGAUUCUGUCACCACACAGCCAGUACUUUAGCCCUUCCUUUCUAUGUCCGUCCGUCUCGCGAUGACAAGAGAGACUUAUUUUGGUCGGUGGAGAGGGGAUUCUGACAUUAACAACAGCGACUGUCUGUACCUGUAAUAUUAUUGCACUGUGAAGAAUGGCGUUUAACUAUGUUUUAUUAUGGGAUGUCAAGUGUUUGACGUUGAGGUUCUGAGCAAUAUAUUUCUGGAAUAUAUUGAAAAGAGUAUUUAUCAGUAUCAUAUUAUUAGAGAAAACACAUAUUUGAAGUAGAGAUGAAAACCCUUGCAAGAUGUCCCGUUAACAAAAUUGGAUAUUGCGCAAUAUCUUAAAUAGUGCAUUAGAAAGAGCUACCUUAUGGCUACCAGGAUCUUGGCUUGACAUACUGUUUCAGAAUUCAAAUUUGUUACGAUUUACAAAAAUCUCAUAACAAAGAAGACGAACAUGCCAAUUUAUAAAAACUUUAAAAAGUCCUCUGAGAAUUUAGUAUUUAUGCAACUGUUGAUUGUCUUAAGUCAGUAAUGAAUUGAUCCGUUACUUACUAAUACACACAAUGUCUGCUUUUAACUACUCACUUGCUCCCCUCAUGACAAACAAAGUAAAAAAAAAAAUUGAGUUUACAAAUUUGCAAAUGCUGUGUUCAUGUGUGUUUUAUUAAUGUUUUGUUUUUUUAUGAUAGCUGCAUUUGCAUUUGUCGUGAUUAAAUCUUAGUCCCUUUUGUUAUAAAAGUGAUCCAUUGUUCCUGUUUGAAGGAAUGUUUAUUUUUUGGGAGGCAUGCGUUUUCUUUCCUCUUUUCCUUUUUUUUUGUUGUGAUACGUACAUGCACUAUUUGCUCAAUGGCUACAAACCAUUCUCACUGAUUCAAUCCGCUAACCAGCGGUCUAAUCGGUCUGAAAAGUAUUUGUUUAUGCAUCAUGGUUUGAUAACUUCUGAUUGGAGAGGAUUGUCAAUCUUCUUUGUCUCCCUAAUAUUUAAGUAUAAAAUGCUGUAUCAAAUUGGUGUGUAUGUGUGUGUGUGUGUGUAUAUAUUAAAAUUGUUUAAUUAUAAUUA